CAGCACAAGCUGGUUUAACCGACCCCACAGGCGUCCUGCGAACAGUAAGGUUUACGCGGGGUUCAGCUGGUAGUGGCCGCACAGCGCUCGAGAAGUUCAGCGCUCUGAGAUUGCGAAAAGGCAGCUCCAGAACAAAAAGAUGGCUGAAAGGCGCCCGGCUGCCGCCGCGCCACCCGCGAAGAAAGCCAAGCGAGAAAAAGUAGGCGUCGGCGUCGGCGUCGUCGUCACGAAGGGCCGGCCGCGCGUCGCGAACGGCACGGUCUCCGACUUCCGCAUCCUCGUCGGCCUGCGCAAGGGCAGCCACGGCGCGGGCCAGUGGGCGCUGCCCGGCGGCUGGCUCGAGAAGGGCGAGGAGUUCCUGGAUUGUGCGUUAAGGGAGCUGCGCGAGGAGACGGGCAUCGCGCCGAGCGACUCGGACCUGCCCACUCGCGGCGAGUCGAAGGCUCGCGCCGCGGGCACGCUGCCCUUCGUGGCGAAUAAUACCCAGAUGGACGGCGUCCACUCGGUGACGGUCUUCUGCUACGUGAAGCUCAAGGACGCGAGGACGGAGGCGCGCGUCGAGGAGCCGGACAAGUGCGAGGAGUGGCGCUGGUGCUCGCGCGAGGAGCUCGCCGAGCUGCCGCUCUUCCCUCCAUUAAAGGCGUUGCUCGAGACGGACGAGGGGCGCCACGCGCUCAACGUCGUCGACUUCCUCGGGUGACCCCCCCUCUAACUGUAUCGUGUCCG